AUGCGGAUUCUGGCCAUGGUGGCGGCAGCGCUUGCUAUGGCGGCGGAUGCCGAAGGCUGGGACAGAGCAGGAGGAAGCAGCGUGCUGAGAGGAGGAGGAGGAGGAGGAGGAGGAGGAGGAGGAGGAGGAGGAGCCUGUAGGAGAGGGGGCAGCGAGUGCAUGGGACCUCGCUUGCGAGGAGGGAGAACGAAUCUUGGUGUGACAGCGAUGGCAGCCAACGGCACUCAGCUGUUUCUGGGAAAGGAGACAGGGGAGGUGGUAGAGAUGGAGUGGAAGCGAGGACGCUCUAAGUACCCGUACUACUGCACCAAGGAAUACUCUACUCCAGAAAACAGCGAAGAUGAUGUUCAUGUUGAUGGAGAUCAAGAGGAAGAAGAAUCCAUGCAUCACAGUUGGGACAAGGUACAUGAGUACCAGGCGCAUCGAGAUCCGGUUGGAGGCCUGCUGGCGAUCGAGGAUAUGCUUGUCAGCGUGUCUUCCAGUGGUGAGAUGAAGGUAUGGUCCAUCAAGACAUCGCGAUGUCGCAAGAAACUUCAAGCUCACGCCGGGCGAGUGACGGGAAUGGUGCGGCAGCAGGGAAGCAGCCGGUUCUUCACGGCCUCAUCCGACGGCAGCAUCAAGCGAUGGCGGCUUGCUCGGGUCAGGCAGCAGGAGUGCCUGGUGGCUAGUGUGGGGAGCCAGGUUCACUGCAUUGACGUGGACGCGAUGGUCUCUCGGGUCGUAGUGCAAGAUGCAAGUGCGGAGAUAUCGCACCUGACGUGCUCCGAUGACAUCCUAUGCGUUGGGGCGGACAGGAACAAGCUUGUCUUCUACAACAUGACAACUUGGUCAAGAAUCAAAGAUCUCCAUCUUAACCGAACUCUACACUCCCUCGAGUUCGUGCCCAACCCUCGCACGCUAGGUCGACCCCUCCUCUGCUGCGGAGCGACGGGGUGCUUGCUGCUCGUGGAUGUCGGCAGAAUGGAGGUACAACGACAGCUCUGUCUCGACCUUGAGGACGAUUCUGGUCCUCCUAUCAGAUCAGAUGUGAGGCCGAUGGUCCUGUUCUUGCAGGAGUUUGUCGACAAAGACUACCAUGAGACUUUCAUGUACUGCGGGAGAUCAGAUGGUCAGAUGCAGGAGUGGAACGUGAGGAGUUGGAAGGAGGGCUGGGGCUUCUACUUAGCAUGA